AUGACAAAGAGACGACAGUCAACUCACGAUAAGAUAUUGCUACCGCUAAAAGCUCAAUAUCUGAUACCUAUUGGCCAGCUUUUCAAAGACCCCCCAAUUGAUUUAUUUCGUCCAAUCAUGCUCAAUGCUGAAGAUUAUAUACUCAAAUCAAAGCGCCAGAAAUUGAAUCUUCCAAAACUAUUGAGCCCCAGACUCCCGGAAGAACUACUCACACGGUUUUCAAUUCCACAGCUAAGAGUCGAAAAUAUAUACGUGGAGCACAAAAAUUUGGAAAAAACACCAGAAACCGAAAAAAAACGUCUGUCACACGAUGAUAUAGCAAGAAAACUAAAGCACAGGGCUGAAAACUUAUUCGAAUCGCAGAAAUAUAUGCUAGCAUCGGCAUGCUUUCUGGAGUCAUAUCUUCUUUUCACAGCUGAAAUGUACACAAAAGGGUUGGAAAGCCAGGUAGCACAAAGUAAGCCAAAAAAUAACCGAGUAUCUGAGACAGACUGGAUAGAACUGGUGAAGUAUGGCGUGAAAAUAACUAAGAGGCUCAAUAGUAUAGAUGAGGAAAAGGAAAGUUCUGCACGGAGUAUACGGCAUAUUAUUGGACUAUGCUACUUCGUGAACGCGUUUAUUCUGAAGUUGCUUCUAGAAGCUAAAGAAAAGAGACUGAAGCUGUUGCUUGACGUGAAAGAAACCGAAUCAAGCAGACUGCUCAAAAGAAUGAAAAUAGCCGUUGAAAAAUUGCUCAGGGUUCAGGACAGCUUUCACAAUUCAAUGCGGAAGGGUGAGAAAUACUUACCAACUGCAGAUCUAAUCCACAAAUACCCAAGAUUGGCACAAAACAGCAAAAGUCUUUCGGAAGUCGAAUCAGAGAAACUAAUUAUUCCAACAGAGGAGCAAGGAUUCGGAGAGACAAACUACACACUUCCAAUUGCUGGGCAUACAUUGAGCUUACCGUGUGUGAUCAAUCUUGGAUUUUACUUUGUGCGUGAGUGGUGUAAGCAGGAGAAUAUCGAUUACAGAUGGAGCUUUUGA